UUAUCCGCACGGGGGUUCUUGUUUAAUUUGUCAGUCCACACUACAUUUAAUGCGUGAUUGUCCAAAUCGAAGACAAGUUCGUGUUCAAGAUUAAAAAAACAAUAUUAAUAGAACGCAAUUAUUUUUAAACUUGAAACCUAGUACACAAUACGUGUUCUUCAGUUUCAUCUUGGUAUUCAAUUGAACAAAUUUUCUCAAAGUCAACGUGUGUAGAAUAGGGUUAUGUAUGCUGUAGUCAGUAUUAGAAGAAGCGUCAGAGUCGAUUACUCUUUACUGGACUUGUUAAACAGUACAGUUUGUGCCCUCUCAUAGCAUUGAAUCCUAUUAAAUAAUUUUUUUUAUCUUUUCUAAUAUUUUGUAUUCAAACGGUUUAACCUAAGUCAUCCAAAGUUGGCGUGUAUGUGUGUAUAUGUAUAUAUACUAUGUUUGUGGGGUUCUAGAGAAGGUGUAAUACAUACAAUAAAACGAAAACUUAUGGUAGAUAGAAAAUAUUUCAAAAAGUAUGUUUCAAAUGUAGCAUAGUAGUUGAUGGUACAUUUUGUUAGAUUUUUGUCAAAAAAAUUACAUGCGUUGAAAAGGUUAAGAACAAAAAGUUUAUGCUUAACAAAAAUACUACCGUUCGUUACCAAGGAAAAUUUCCCUAGUAGCACUCUUUUUUAUAGCAUUUCUGAAACGCACUUGGAUCCUAUUGUUUUUCCAUCUUCAGAUUUAUGCACUAGUUUGUUUUUUGUCAAUGCGUGGCAAGAUAGCUCAACUUCUAUGUUUUGGGGCACACAAGAUAUGAAAAGAUGCGUCAUGUCAGCGACCCUUGAAAUGUGUGAUAAGAAGACAUUAAAUGAAAGAGAAGUUUCCGUAAGACUCUUUUCAUAUGGUGCCCCUUCGUUAAAAGUUUCAAAAGUUGCUACUACAGAUUGUAAAAUAGCAGUGGCUGUCAAGUAUAUGAUGCAAGAAUCUUGUGUUACAUUAAAUAUGGAAAAAACAACUAUUCAAAGAGAAAUUUAUUAUCACAUAUUUUUAUUAGUUCAAUUAAAAAAAUUUAAAAGAAAAAUUUUUAAUUAUGGUUUAUCAGAGGACAAACGAGGUUUAUUUGGCUUGUCUAUAGUUCCUUUUACAAGUCCAGUCGUGGAUCUUUUAGGGUACUACAUGAACGCGAAAGAACCGCAACGUUGUAUUAUGAUAACAGCUCUUAUUUUUGGUGUUAAUUUAUCUCAAUGGAUGGUGUUAGAAAAAGAUGUAAUUACUCAAAAUUAUCAACAUACGCGUUUUACGAAUGUUAAAUGUCCAAGGUCGCUAGCACUCGUUCGUCUUUGGGAUUAAGACAUAACGACUUAAAACCAAGUAAUAUAAUGAUUGAUUUAUUCAAUUACUCAGAGAACAAAACAAAGGCAUUGAAUAAUUUCAAAAUCACAGCAUUUCAUACAUUAAAUCAUUUUACGCAUUAUCCAAAUUGUCAAAAUCUUUUAUUGUUAAAUGUCAAAAUAAUUGAUUUGGGUAAUGCAACAUCGCUUUACUCAAAAAAACAUUGUGGAGGAACACCUGCUUAUAUAUCUCCAGAACAAAUGAUGAUAGUCUAUAAUAUGAAAAAGAAUCAAUCACUAAAAAUGCAACAUCAGUUAGUACCUAUAGA